UUGGAAACCAUUUUCUUUACGGAUCUAUCAUGUUAUCUAAGAAGCUAAGAGUUUCAAAACAGUCUAAAAUCAUUUCUGUUUCAGAAAUUUGAAGAAAAAGAAGAAGCUUAGGUAUGGAAAGUAGUUGCAAGGUGUGUGUGACUGGUAGUGCUGGUUACAUUGGUUCUCUAUUAGUCAAAAAGCUUCUACAAAAGGGCUACACCGUUCAUGCUACUCUUAGAAACUUGAAAGACGAAUCGAAAGUAGGUUUAUUGAGAGACCUUCCUCAUGCGAAUACUAGACUUGUGUUAUUUGAAGCUGACAUAUACAAACCAGAUGAGUUUAGGCAGGCAAUUCAAGGCUGUGAGUUUGUCUUUCAUGUUGCUACUGCCUUUCAACACCAUACUCAUUCUCAGUUUAAGAGCAUUGAAGAAGCUGUAAUAGAAGGUGUAAAAAGCAUAGCUACGAAUUGUAUUAAAUCAGGAACCGUAAGAAAACUAAUAUACACCGGCACUGUUCUUUCUUCUUCUCCAUUGAAGGAUGAUGGAAGUGACUACAAAAACUUCAUUGAUGAAACUUGUUGGACACCUCUACAUCUUCCUCUCACUGCUCUCCACAAGGAAUAUGUUGGUUCUAAGACACUGGCUGAGAAAGAACUCUCAAUGAGUUAUGGAAAUGGUGGAAUUGAGGUGGUUAGUCUAGCUGUUGGCCUAGUGGGAGGAGAUGCUCUUCUGAGUUACAUACCGGUAAGUGUUGCAUCGCUUAUUGCUCAGGUUAAAGACGAUGAAGCCAUACAUGAGUCUUUGAAGUUCGUAGAAGAUAUAUGCGGGAAAAUUCCACUUGUUCACGUCGAUGAUGUUUGUGAAGCUCAUAUCUUUUGUGCUGAGAAUCCAUCUAUCAAAGGCAGAUUCUUGCUUGCAAACUCAUAUGCAUCAUCAGCAGAGAUAUCAAAUUAUUAUCUUCAAAACUAUCCAGAAUUCAAUUUGAAGGAGAAGUAUUUGGAAGGGCCAAGGAGGGAAAUAAAAUGGGCAUCAGCAAAGCUCAUUGAUGAAGGGUUUGUUUACAAGCAUGAUCUCAAGAUGAUAUUGGAUGAUAGUAUCAAAUGCGCAAGAAGGAUAGGGGAUCUUAGUUAGUAUGUAAUGAUAUAGAAAUUAGUGUUUAUCAAUCCACCUCUUAUAUGCUUAAGUCUAUUAGAAUCUAUUGUCGAAGGGAUCUUUGUGAUAUUGAAUUUUCUGUCAAAGUAAAUUAUUGGAAGAAUAUUUCCAAAAAACCCAUUAUUUGAAAGGAUAGAUUGAUAAAUUCUCUAUAUAAAUUAUGUUGUAUAACUCUUUUUAUA